CGGCGGCUCCACCGCGGAGCCCCGAAAUCUUCGUCCCCCACCCCACUGGCUCUAACCCCGGGCAAGCGGGCUCUGAAGCCCAAACGACGGUGACCACUUGGGAUCGGCCGCACACCUCGUCACCUCUAGGCAGCCGUUCAACGCUUGGGCUAACAUGGUGGGGAGAGCAGGCUUCUCUGGAGAUGCAGCAAUCACGCUUCUUUUCACUGCCCUCUCCUUUUUUUCUUACUCCUGGGCCUCCUUUCUCCAGACACCAAAAAUCAGCAAUCACAGCCCAACUCUAAACGUCCUCUUUAUUGAAAUUGGGUUUUUGUUUGCUUUGUUUUUCCCUUUUUUUCUUUUUUUUUCUGAAGUCGAAUUCUAGGGCUGCACUGCCCAACAGGUAGCUCUUAGCCACAGGUGGCUAUUACUUUUUUUUAAAGUGGCUAUUAGAAAAUUUCAAAUUGUAUAUGUGGUUCACAUAUUUUUAUUGAACAGCACUGCUCUAGAGUCUGGGACGUUUUGGUUUGGGCUUUUUGUUGUUUUUGGUUUACACAUGUAGGCAUGAAAGUUUAGAUAUCAAACUCAAUUUAGUUUCUCCUCUUACCGUCACAGGGAAGGAAACCUGUCUCUAGAGGAAACUUGUAUUAUUUUUGCUAACAAUAAACUGAAAUCAGAAAGCUGUUAAAUGACCAAAAAUUUUGAAUGUCUCUCCCAUCCUGGAACAAUUUUAGUGCAAUGUCCAGAUUUCAAGGGUAGGCUAGAUUAGUUCUUGUUUCCAGAGAAACCUUUCAACCAUAUAUAUUAAUCAGUGAGUCUAGUCACUAGUCUUGUGUAUUUUCCUUCCAAUAGGAAUUUAACUAGACCCUGCAUUCAAUUCUUAGUGAGUUAACAUCCACGAUUGCAACAUUCUCCUCUCCUCCCCCAAUAUCUAAUGUGAAAAUAUGUCAUGCUAGAUGCCUGAUUAACCAGAGGCUGUCAGUAUCCAACAGCAGAUAAAUUCCUCAGCUUCAGCCCUGCUAAUGUUAUUGACUUUCAUCUGCCUGUGGCUUUUAUUUGCUCUCUUGCUAUCAGGCUUGGAUGGGCUAGAUCUCACAGUAAGUUUGAGACACCUCUAGAAAUUGUUCCCGCUUUUAGUGUACCAUAAUCCUGAUUUAGUGAUAUACAGGGUAUAUUUACCCUGGGUCUUGAAUUCUGUGGAACAAUUACUGGGAAAUUAUGUGUAUGUGUAUGUAGUCAACUUUGAAGGGUGGUGGUUGAUUAGACAGGGUAGAUGUAUUUUAGAAUCAACUAUUAAAAUAUAUGGAAAUCUAGCACUGAUGGACUCAUUAGGUAUUUUAAAGGAGAUUGAUCCUCCUAUUUUGGAUGCUGCUUCUCAAGAUUUUAAUUUAUCUAAGUUUUGUGCCAUUUGGGGCCAAGAAAUGAAGAGAGUUCCCUUUCGUGCUCAUUAACAAUUUCAUAAUCUAAAAUUCUUCACUAAAUCGGGUAGGAAAUUAAUUCUGCUGUCAAAGAAGCCAUAAGGACCAGUGCAACACUCUGGCAUUACUGCAUCACAUUUUUUCUUCCACUUGUUACCUAGAAUGUUAACAUUAGCAGUAUUUAUGUAGUCUGAGCAUAGGACUGGGCUAUGCAGUUGACUCACAGGGUGUCUUAUGUCCUUCACUUACAAAGUGGGAAUAACAGAUACAUGUACUUCUUGGGCUCUGGUGUGGAUAAUGUUUGCAUUGUUCUUUGGGAUCACAAAAGAAAAAUAAGUUUAUGUGCUGUAACAUGUUCUUAUUUUAGCGAUUGGUGAAUUAUUCUCUGUAACCUGACUUCUGCCCAGUGAGUGGACCUUCCCGAACAAUCUCCCAACUCCUUAUGGUAGAUGAGUCUGAUAGGUUGUUCAAAUACCUUGUGUAAACAGUGUAACUGUUUUGUAACUGAAAUUUGCUAUGGGUAAUUUUGGGAAUAUCUCUAUAAAAGCUGUUUUACAUUUUUAUUUUUUAAAAUAUGAAAACCUAUUUUUAAACUGUUUUGGCUUUUUCUGUUUUCCCACUCAUUCUUCCUGAAAUCUGACUUCAAGAAUUUUCCUUCUCUGAUUAAGCAGUGAGUGGAAAAAACAAAGGCUUUAGAGUCCCACAAUUGCAAUUCAAAUCUGAUUCCAAAUCCACCACUUACUGUUGGCAUGACCAUUAGAAAUUAUUAAUUUAUGUGAGCCUUAGUGCUCUCAUAUAUAAGGUAGGGAUAAUGAAACCAACUGUAGUAGAGUGGCCGACACAUAAUAGGAUCACAAGAGAAGGAAGAAUACAUCAUACUCUUAAUGGGAGGAAGAAUUAGUAUAUUAAGUAUCACUAAGAUAUCCCCUAGCAUGCCCUCUCUAUAAUUCUUUCUCCGAGUAUCCAGGAACCUUCCCGGCAAAGGUGCCACUCAAUAACUGUCUUGUUGACCUACAUUUCAUGAGGUAAAUACAGACCUGUUUCAGCUUAGGAAAUAUAAAUUUAAUUAAAGCAGGUCUCACAAAUUGGUAUAAUUGGUUGCCUCACAGUUGGGAUAUUAAGUGGCUAAAGAGCAGGGAGAAGAAGAGAAACUCUUUAUGCAUUCUUGUAAUUCUUGUAUUUUGAAACAUGUAAGUAUAUUACCUAUUCAAAACAUAGAUGACUAAGAUUUUUUUGCUUUAUUGUGCUUAUUGUUUGUUUUUAAAGGAGGCUUCAUAGUCUGGUCUGGAAUGUCUGUUGCUUUUCUUAUUUCAGCAGCCAUUCAUCAAGAGCUUGGGUGGUUUAAGCACCAACUAAUCAUCAUCGCUUACCUAAUAAGCUUCUCCUAGAGACAAUUCUCUUUCUAUUACUGCUGCUACCAAUACCAAAUCAUCCAUGGUAAAAAUUGAUGACAAAUCCAGUUCCCUUCAUAUAUAUAUGUACACACACACGUACACACACACAUACAUACACACACAUAUACACAUAUAUAUAUAUGUAUAUACCUCCCUUAGUCAAUCAGGUCAGUCAGUCAGCCACCAGAGCCUGGGUAUUCUAUUCAGCUAGUGUUUUUCUUUCUAUUUCCACUGCAACCUUUAUAGUUUCAGACUCUCAUUGCUUCACAUCUUAACUAGUAUUAUAAUCUUCUAACACCUGGCUUUCAAACUCUACCUCCUUCUGCUGAUCCUACACCUUGCUGCCAAGUUAAUCAUCCUAAAAGUUUGUUCCACUCAUGUCAUUCCUGUGCUCAAUAACCUGUAGUCACAACUCAGUGACUACCAAAUAAAGUGUAAACACUCUCACCUGGCUUUAAGGCUCUGAGAUGAGGCGCUACCCUACCCUAUUCACCUUCACUCCCUUUACACACGCUGUUACACAUCCUGAUUCAUAUUAAACAAUUUGCCAUUUUCCAGAUAUAGCCUGUACUUUAACUUCCUUGAAUUCAUUUGAUACACAUCUAUUAGACAAAUUCUGUGUGCCAGGUACUGUUCCAGAUCCUGGGGAUACACAGAUGAAAAAGAAAGGCAAAAUCUCUCCCAUCUUGGAGAGGGACCACAUAUCUUGGAUGCCCUUUUUCCAAUGGUUGAAAUUCUAUCCAUCCUUAAAGUACUGUUGACAUCUCUCUCUAAAGGCUGUAGCAACUCCCUUAGCCCAAAUUUACUAGUUCUCUGAGCUCCCUAUAUUUAUUUAUUUAUUUAUUUGCUUGCUUAUUUACUUGUUUUUGAUGGCACUUAUCACAUUCUGCCUUAUAUUUUAAGUAUUUGGUUUGCUUUUCUUAUUUGCUUUUCUUAUUUUUUAACUUUAUUGAGGAAUAAUUGACAAAUAUAAUCAUAUAUAUUUAAAGUACAAAACAUGAUUAUUUGCUAUACAUAUACAUCAUCAUGGAAUAAUUACCAAUACCAAUAUAAUUAACACAUCCAAAGACAUACAAAUGACCAAUAGGUAUAUGAAAAGGUGCUCAACAUCACUAAUCAUUGGAAAAGUGUAAAUCAAGACCACAUGAAAGAAAUGAUGUCUUAAGAGAAGCUGAAAUUUUACACAAAGCUAGAUUUAGUUACAUUCUUCCAAUUUUGGGAAUUUGCAAUGAGCCUGAAUUUUUGGGAAUAGUUACUGAAUACAUGCCAAAUGGGUCAUUAAAUGAACUCCUACAUAGGAAAAAUGAAUAUCCUGAUGUUCCUUGGCCAUUAAGAUUUCGUAUUCUGCAAGAAAUUGCACUAGGUGUAAAUUACCUGCACAAUAUGAAUCCUCCUCUACUUCAUCAUGACCUGAAGACUCAGAAUAUCUUAUUGGAUAAUGAAUUUCAUGUUAAGAUUGCAGAUUUUGGUUUAUCAAAAUGGCGCAUGAUGUCCCUCUCACAAUCACGAAAUAGUAAAUCUGCACCAGAAGGAGGGACAAUUAUCUAUAUGCCACCUGAAAACUAUGAACCUGGACAAAAAUCAAGGGCUACUAUCAAGCAUGAUAUAUAUAGCUAUGCAGUUAUCACAUGGGAAGUCUUAUCUAGAAAACAGCCUUUUGAAGAAGUCACCAAUCCUUUGCAGAUUAUGUAUAGUGUGUCACAAGGACAUCGACCUGACACUAAUGAAGAAAGUUUGCCAUUUGAUAUACCUCAUCGAGCACUUAUGAUCUCUCUAAUAGAAAGUGGAUGGGCGCAAAAUCCAGAUGAAAGACCGUCUUUCUUAAAAUGUUUAAUAGAACUUGAACCAGUUCUGAAAACAUUUGAAGAGAUAACUUUUCUUGAAGCUGUUCUUCAACUAAAGAAAACAAAGAGUGCUUCAAGUACCAUUCACUUAUGUGACAAGAAGAAAAUGGAGUUAUCUCCGAACAUACCUGUAAAUUAUGGUCCACAGGAGGAAUCAUGUGGAUCCUCUCAGCUCCAUAAAACUAGUGUUUCUCCUGGAACUUCAAGGUCCCUGUCAGCUCCUCAAGACAAUGAUUUUUUAUCUAGAAAAACUCAAGACUUUUCUGUGAUGCGUCAAUGUCCAGUAAAUCACAGUUGUGACAGUAACAUUUCUGUGGCUCAAAGAGCAACAUUCUGUGAUCACAGGGCUGCUCCAUGCUCUUUAGCAAUAAUAAAUCCACUCUCAGCUGAGGGAAAUUCAGAGCGAUUUCAGCCUGGUAUAACCCAACAGUGGAUCCAGAGUAAAAGGGAAGAUAUUGUGAACCAAAUGACUGAAGCCUGCCUUAACCAAUCUCUAGAUGCCCUCCUAUCCAGGGAUUUGAUCAUGAAGGAGGACUAUGAACUCAUUAGUACCAAACCUACAAGGACCUCAAAAGUCAGACAAUUAUUGGAUACUAGUGACAUCCAAGGAGAAGAAUUUGCCAAAGUUAUAGUACAAAAAUUGAAAGAUAACAAGCAAAUGGGUCUUCAGCCUUACCCAGAAAUACUUGUGGUUUCUCAAUCUCCAUCUUUAAAUUUAUUUCACAAUAAAAGCCUAUAAGUAACUCUCUUUCAAGAAGAAAAGUCAGUGCAUAAAAGGGUAUUUUAUAUUUCUUUUGCCUUGAUAAUGUUGUUUUUAUGAGAUUCAUAUGAAUAUUAGAAACUUUAAUGAAAUUUCUUCUUCAGAUAAAUAUUAGUCUCCUUCCAAGACAUUAUAGUAUUUUUAAAAUUAAUACAGUAGAAAGUUUGAUUUUUGCUGCAUAGUUCAAUUCUUUUUAUCUCUGGUUAAUUGAAGCUAUUUUUUCAAUGUAAUAAUUAUAUUUUUAUUGUACAAAACAGUGUCUUCAGGUUUCAUGUGUUUCUCAUGGAAACCAUUUUCACAUAUACUUUCUUUGUGGAUUAUUUAUUGUUUAAGAUGCUUGACUUUCUGAAGACUUAAAUCAAAGAAACUUUUAAAUGUUAUUUAUUGAGUUCUUUAGAAAAUUGUUUCAAAGAUAAGCAAUACAAAGUGUA